UCUGUCCCAUCUUCCCCAAUCUUUUUAUAUCGGUAUUGUUGGGCAUGCAGGCGUGCAGGAACAAGUCCAGUGGUCGCGUCCAUCUCAACGUAUAACGACUCCAUAACAUAAGGCCGACAACUCAGUUUAUUAGCGUACAAUCGAGCGGCAUCAGAGUAGAGAGAAACGCGAUGACAGCAAGAGUACAAGAAAGCUCAUAUUGUCAUCUAAACAUAGAAAAUAGGACUUUUUUUGCAGAGUAAUGUGUAUUAUUUAGAUAUUUAUCUGCACAUAUUCCUAAGAUGCAUUCCGUAAGCUCUGGAGCGUUAAUGGGCAGCCGAUGGGAUAGAGCAUUUUUGCGGUCGACUGAGACAGACACUUGAUAGACGUAAUGAGUUAGAAGAAAGCUUACAGCGUUUUUCAGAAAACGAGCGAUAAUUUGACCAGUGUCCGUCAUUGUUUCUUUUUUCCAGGGCAAAUAGUACCGUGUUCUUAGCUAUACCUGAGAGUAAUACGUUGCAGAAGCAUCAGCCUAGGAACCAAAAUAUAACCGGUCAAGAUAUGAAAAGUCGUGUAACAUGGGACCGGCCAAUCGAAUUCAUAUUUUCACUUCUUGGUUACAUGGUCGGCCUUGGAAAUCUAUGGCGUUUUUCCUAUCUUUGUUUUAGAAACGGAGGAGGAGCGUUUCUGAUUCCUUAUCUCUUGUCGGUGGCUGUGUUUGGACUCCCCAUGUAUAUAUUUGAAAUUGCGAUUGGUCAAUUCACACAGCGCGGGAAACUAAAUGCGUGGGACAGAAUACCAUUAAUGAAGGGUUAUGGAUACGGAUGCAUAGUCAUGACCACUAUGUCCAUUGUGCCUUAUAUGCUGGUUAUGGCGUGGGGAAUAAUUUAUCUUUAUCAUUCAUUCACAACACAUGACCUGCCUUGGACUGUCUGUGACAACGCGUGGAACACGGAGCCAUGCAUCGCAUACAACGGGUGGGUUAGCCAUACCAAGUAUAUGAACGAAACUAACUUGUUCGCAAACGAGACAACACCCACUGACGCAACUAUAAAUGCAACAUAUUCUGAUACUUCACUUGCCCAAGCACAGUUUUGGAGGUACUACGUAUUACGACUUGCCAAUAACCGAAACGACUUCUAUGGCGGCUUCAACUGGCCGAUGCUGAUUUGUUUGGCGAUUUCCUAUUUGUCCAUCAUUGCAAUCACCAUCAAAGGAAUCAAAUCCAGCGGCAAGGUCGUCUAUGUGACAGCUACAUUUCCAUACGUCAUGAUUAUGGUGCUGCUAAUAAGAGGCCUAACAUUGGAGGGGGCGUUGAAAGGAAUCAGCACACUUCUUAUACCAAAAUUUGCAGAGCUUGCCAAAGCUCAGGUUUGGAUCGACGCUGCGUCCCAAGUGCUCUACACUUACGCAAUCGGUUUCGCAAGUUUGACAACAUUUGCAAGUUACAAUCACUUCAAUAAUAACUUCUACAGACAAGCGCUUAUACUUGUGCCCGUCGGCGCCUUCACGUCAGUUCUAAUGGGAUUGAUGACUUUCUCAUACCUCGGUCAUAUGGCUGCCAUGCAAGGCGUAGAAAUCGACAAAAUUUUAAAAACUGGCCCUGGUUUAAUAUUCCAAGUCAUACCACUCGGAUUCUCGAUGCUGCCAUUUCCCCAAUUAUGGUCUGUGUUAUUUUUCGUCAUGUUCUUUUUCGUAGCAGUGGACUCAGUGUUUUCAGAUUUCGACGCCCUCGUUUCUACAAUCACUGAUAUUUUUCCGAAGUUGAAACUGACCAGAGGCCGCAAAAUAUUAACAAACUUGGGACUCGGUUUAUUUCUGUUUAGUAUAAGUUGCAGCCUGUUGAGUAACAGUGGAAUUUACAUUUUCGAGUUCAUAUUUUACUACGGAGCCUCUGGAAUCAUUCUAUUAUUGCUCGCUUUCUUCGAGUCGAUAUCGGUGGGGUGGCUGUGGGACGUAGACCAAUUUGCCGCGGACGUUAAACGAAUGACUGGAGAUCAAUUAUCAGUUUGGUUUAAGCUGAGCUACCGGUAUUUCAUUCCUGUAAUUACAUCGUCAAUUUUUCUCUUUUACUGUGUUAAAUGGACCCCUCUUAAAGUGGCGGACUAUACCUAUCCAGUUUGGGCGAACGUUCUUGGUUGGGCUUUAUCUCUAUUAUCACUGCUGUGGAUACCAGGGGUUUUCAUUUACGUUCUAAUGAAUGGACGCGGGUCCAUUAAGCAGAGGCUGGCACAAGGCAUUGAGUCGAAAUUAGCAGACGGAGAAUGGAACAAAACUCCAAAAUUAACCGAAAACGACACCGAAAUGGAAUUCCGACAGAAUGUUAUAUUGACAUCGAUAUAAGACUGGAUCGGCUGCAUAUGUAUUUAAUGAUCCUUCGUUCGCUAUGCGGACUUUAAAUUAUCCUCAUAAUUCUGUGGGGGAAGACGGGACCAAAUAUAAUGAUCGUUUAAACAAUUAACAACGGUCCAUAGUAGGCGUAAGGAAUUAAUUUUGUAAUUUUUUAAAUGUUCUUUUUUACUGCUAAAUAGGACCAGAAAAAAAUGAAAGGUGUCCCAUCUUGCCCUACCCUACGAUAUUACGGCGUUUUCUAAACGCGGAGAUCGACAGUGUGAUUUUGCUUAUGAAAUUCUUAGCUGGAUUAUUUCAGGUUUAUUUGUAUAUAGUUUAUCGUAUAGCAUUCCGUUUGCUGUGCGAACAUCAUUAUCCUCAUUUGAUUUUUUGUUGUUUCAAAACAACUAUUUUAAUUUAAUAUUAAACGUUCUCGUUAGAGAACUAGCAAAUAACAAAUAUGCAUUGAAGCAG